CCCAGCAGUGCGCCCACCUGUGCCCAGCAAUGCACCCACCUGUGCCCAGCAGUGCGCCCACCUGUGCCCAGCAGUGCGCCCACCUGUUGCACCCAGCAGUCAGUGCCCAUCAGUGCAGCCCAGCAGUGCUCCCAGUCAGUGCCCAGAGGUUGUGCCAGUCAGUGCCCAGCAGUGAUGUCAGUCAGUGCCACCUAUCAGUGCUGUCUAUCAGUACCCAUUAUCAGUGUCGCCUAUCAGUGCCACCAAUCAGUGCCGCAUAUCAGUGCCACUUAUCCGUGACACCUCAUUAGUGCUGCCUAUCAGUGCCGCCUAUCCGUGCCACCUCAUUAGUGCCGCCUAUCAGUGCCGCCUAUCAGUG